AAUGAGCCUUCCCGGCUGCCGUAGUUGCGGAAGUGCCAGUUUGUUACACGCCCAUGUAAAGAAGUUCCUCAGCGUUUUCAUAUCAACAUUUCAAGAGACAGGAGUCGGACAAACGUCCCUGCGUGUAUAUCUUCACCGGAUGCAUUGUGUAUGAGUUUGUAAAGUGUGAUACAGGAUGGCAUCCAACGCAGGUUAUUCGCACAGCCCUAUGCUGAAGAAGAGGGAUGACUUUGAGGACAUUUUGGAGGAGAGGAGGACGUCCAGCGACCUGCGGUACGCCCUCAGAUGUUACACUCCGGCUCUGUAUAAAGGAGUGACGCCGUGUCACUCCGGCCUGCUGAAGAGCAUGGUGCUGCAGUCGGACCAGCUGACCUACGUCAUCCGCCAGAUUUCCAAAGAGACGGGCAAAGCAACUGCUGACGUCCAGGAGGAGGCGUCGGCCAUCUUGGAGGAGAUGGCUCACUCUCUGCAGCUCAACACCGUUCGCUUCUUUGCCUUCUCGCUCUGCAAAGUCUUUAAAACCUUGUUCAAGAGCAUCUGUGUCAACGAAGAGGGCAUCCAGAGGCUCCAACAGGCUAUUAAGGAGCACCCGGUGGUCCUGUUACCGAGUCACCGUAGUUACAUGGACUUCCUGCUGAUGUCCUACAUCCUGUUCACCUACGAGCUGUCGCUGCCCGUCAUCGCUGCCGGCAUGGACUUCAUGGGGAUGAAGGUCAUUGGAGAGAUGCUGCGGAUGUCUGGAGCGUUCUUCAUCCGGAGGUCGUUUGGAGGAGACCAGCUGUACUGGACCGUGUUCUCAGAGUACGUCAGGACCAUGCUCAAGAUAGGAUAUGCACCAGUUGAAUUCUUCCUAGAGGGGACCAGGAGCAGGACGGCCAAGUCUUUGACUCCAAAGUUAGGUCUGUUGAACAUCGCCAUGGAUCCGUUCCUGAAGGGGGAGGUUUAUGAUGUCCACGUGGUGCCGGUCAGCAUCAGCUACGAGAGGAUCCUCGAGGAGACGCUUUACGCCAGAGAGCUGCUGGGUAUUCCCAAACCCAAAGAGUCCACUUCAGGUCUGUUCAAAGCCAGAAAGGUCCUCAGUGAAGACUACGGCAGUAUCCAUGUGUACUUCGGUCAACCUGUGUCCGUCAGAAGUUUAGCCGAGGGCAGAGUUAACCGCCGCCAGUUCAACCUGCUGCCACGACACAUCCCCACGAGGCCGGGCGAGGACGUCCAGAGCUUCGUGAGCGACUCGGCCUACAAGCUGGUGCGGCUCCAGGAGGAGAACAUGGUGCUGAAGCCCUGGGUGCUGCUGGCCUCUUUACUGCUGCAGAACCACCACCAGAACCAGAACCACCAGGACCAGAACCAGGACCAGGGGAUGGCAGUGGACCAGCUGACUGAACAGGCCCUCUGGCUGCGAGACGUUUCCCGGCAGUACGGAGCCUUCCUCCACUGGCCCGACCACAUCCCUCCAUCAGAGGUGGUUUCCUCCAGUCUCUCUCUGCAUGGAGGUCUGGUGAGGCUCUCUGAGGGCAGAGUGCACCUGGCUGUGGAACAAGCAGCAGGACCAUCGAGUCCAGGGGAGGCUCUCAGCCCUGUUACCCCAGAAGACGAGCUCCUGAACCAGGCAGUGGUGCUCCUCUCCUGCGCCUCCUACAGGAACCAGGCGCUGCACGUCUUCCUGCGCCCCGCCCUGCUGGCCUCAGCCCUCCACACCGCCGCCUCCACCCAGAAGCAUGAAGUCUUCAACAGUUUCAGCUUCCUCAGAAACAUUUUCUCCAAUGAGUUCAUCCUCUGUCCUGGAGCUACAGUGCAGGACUUUGAGGAGGCCUGUUUCCUGCUCGUGAAGACUGGAGUUCUGCAGGUGACCCAACAUGAGGUUCUGGUCACAGAAAGCGGACACAGAACUCUGUCCUUCCUCACCAACAUGCUGGAUCCCUUCCUUCAAGGAUACCAGGUGGUGUGCCGGUUCCUGUGUGAAGAAGCCACUGAGACUCUGACAGAAAAACUGUUUAUUCCUGCCGUCCGGAAGUUCAUCAUCAAACGUCUUUUAGCAGGUAGUUUAAGAUACACGGAGGUGUUGUCGUCUGACCUCCAGAAGAACUCUCUGGCCGCUUUGCUCCGACUUGGAGCGGUGCAGAAAAUCAAAGGCGCGGAUCAGGAGACGUUAAAGGUGGACACGGUGAUGGUGAACUCAUUGGAGGACACUUUAGGAGGAAAGCUUCCCACUCAGAAAGCUGUCGCCGCUCGCCUCUAAUUCACCGACCUCGUUAGCAGAAAGGAGACCGAGAAGAGUCACCAUUUUUUUUUACCUGCAUCAAGAGAUGGUA